AAAACAAGGAAAAAGAAAUAAUGUAAAUAUAUACAAGUUUAAUAUUUUGUGUUCCCUUUCCCUGCUGCCAAAACACAGUUCAAGUGUCGAGGCAUACAUGUUCCUGCACAAACACUUGAAAGACACUGGUUCACAGUUCGGUCGCCUUUACAUUUAUUUUUUUCACUGAAUAUUUUGUAGAAAAGCUCACGGUUCUUCGUAUUCCUGAUGGUAAACGUUCACCUUUAACUCCCAAAUCUUUGUGAAGCCCAUUCUGCGAUAGGGGUAUUGAAGCUUCAGUUUAGCAAAAUUAUUUAAAAGGCAGUCAACUGUUGGCACAUCAAAAGGUGGUGUCGCCCUUUUUGUUGGAAUUUGUUUACUAAAUUAAUACUUCAAUGGAUUCUGGAGAAAAAACAAUUUUUGUUGCUUCUUCCUUUAUUCUCAGUUAUUCUCCAUAACUGAUGAAAUACAAUUUCUACAUGUUCAUCCAUAUCUUCCAUGCUCGUAAUCAUACGUAAAACUGCAACAAAACAGUGUGGAACGUAACAACUGUGGCCAUGUGGUCAUAUAUACUAUUACACUUGCAAUAAUUCACACACUUAACUCAAUUAGAGCACAUCAUUGAAUGCUAACAAGCUUAUAAAACAUAAAAUUAUAAUAGUAGGAUGAAUAAACUAGUAGAAAGAAUGUAAUUUACCUCCAAACCCCUACAAUAGGGCCUGGUGCUGUUAGGCGACCACAGAUACCUUGAAGUAAACAACCGCGUUCCAAUACCCGUCUAUGUAUUCAACUUUGAAACAUAGUCUUUUAAAACAUUUUCAUUCAUCUUUACUUUCUUAAUUGGGCUGCUACACAUACAGGUGUAACGUAAUAUCUGACAUACACCACUCAGAUGUUGAAUUGCUUUUCAGAAUUAUUAUUUAGCACUACAUCAAGAUUUAAUGUGCUUGCGCCUAUGAACAGAGGGAACCUUUAUUUCAAUUUCAGGAGCUGCAAACGACAUGAGCUUGAAUGGAACAGAAUAUUGUGUUCACAAAACGCAUUGCUAUUUCUUGGAGUAGAUUUUCUUUUAUAUUAUUGCAAGAGUCAUAAAAUAAUCCCUAGAAUUGAAAAGAACGAGAUUAUGAGAGAUUGACUCGCAGCCCAAUGUUUUCCCUGAGUUGAUGCAAAUCAGAAGCUGACACCUCCAGAUGUCAUUACAGGGUAGGAGGGAGGUGAAGAGGGAGGAGUGUUGAAUAACAAAGAAACUAAUGACUGACUGAAGAAAUACAACUGUUGUACACCUUGCCCGCAGGAGGGGGGCUUCAUUGGAUGAAGAACCACCCACCUCCCACGGGGGAUCCUUUCAGGAAUUUCCUCGCCACCCUUGCGCCUCACCUCACGCGCCUCGCCUCCUCCGUGCCAGUCUACUUCAAGCUCAUCGAUUAUGUGCCGAGAUCAUUACCGAGUUUAAGAGAUAUCCGGACUUUAACCCAAAAGCAUCACCCUGUACAAUUCUAUAUUAAGACAACAGUUACAGGAACCGGCGUGGCCAUCUGGGACAGCACACUAAAGUUGUCAUUGCCUAUACUGAAGAGUGUGUUAGAGUCAGUAGGGUCACGCCACGCAAGUAUGAGUGGAACUGCGCUGACCAUGGACACAUAGGAUACAUCAUGCUGGAACAGUAUACUGACAUGAUAUACAAUGUUUUUUGUAACAGAUUUCUAAACUUGACUAAGGAAUAUUGUAACAUUGGAAAUGAAUGAAGAGAGAAAUGUCGAUAUCUUACGCAUAAGUGUGCUGUGUGGUGCAGCGGUUUCGAUCUCGUCUAGCAAUUAAAAUCCCUCGCCACCAGUGGAUGGUUAUCCCGGCCGUUCCUUGCACACAGGGGGUAAUUUAGAAGCAAAAUAAAACAGAUAGCAUGUUACACCAAGAAUAUCCAUUGUAACAAACGGAAUAAAACUAAACGAUUAAUAA